UAGCGCCACAAUGGUUGUAGCGGCGCAGUUGAGAGGAACUGCGUGAGUUCCGGAAUCUUAGGAAUUUGUGCUAUUUGUCAGUUUGCCUCCUUAGCUUCUUUUAUAUAAGAACCUCUGCUUUUCACGACCUAAAACGGUUUGGAUUGCAACUCAAUAUGUCUCAGGCUGAUAAACUUAAGGUAUGCGCUGUAGAACAGGGGCAAUUCACCAACCCAGAAACUCCUGGUUAUGUAGGCUUCGCCAACCUACCAAACCAGGUUCACCGCAAAUCGGUGAAAAAGGGAUUUGAGUUCACUCUCAUGGUAGUUGGCGAGUCUGGUUUAGGGAAGUCUACUCUGAUCAAUAGCCUGUUCCUCACUGAUCUCUACCCAGAGAGGGUCAUUCCUGGAGCCGCAGAGAAAAUUGAGCGAACAGUACAAAUAGAGGCCUCCACUGUGGAAAUUGAGGAACGUGGGGUGAAGCUUCGUUUGACUGUGGUGGACACUCCCGGAUAUGGAGAUGCUAUUAAUAGCCAAGACUGCUUCAACACAAUCAUAGCAUACAUUGAUGACCAGUUUGAGCGUUACCUGCAUGAUGAGAGUGGACUGAACCGCAGACACAUUGUGGACAACCGUGUACACUGUUGCUUCUAUUUCAUUUCCCCGCUUGGUCAUGGUCUGAAGCCACUGGAUGUUCAGUUCAUGAAGGCUAUUCACAACAAAGUGAACGUCGUUCCUGUUAUCGCCAAAGCUGACACUCUCACUCUGAAAGAGAGAGAGAGGCUUAAACGCCGGAUUUUGGAUGAGAUUGAUGAACAUGGCAUUAAGAUCUACCACCUCCCUGAUGCCGAGUCAGACGAAGAUGAGGACUUCAAGGAGCAGACAAGGGUUCUGAAGACCAGUAUCCCAUUCGCGGUGGUGGGCUCCAACCAGCAGAUCGAGGCCAAGGGAAAGAAGGUUCGUGGCCGCCUGUACCCCUGGGGAGUGGUGGAGGUGGAGAAUCCCGAACACAAUGACUUCCUCAAGCUGCGCACGAUGCUCAUCACCCAUAUGCAGGAUCUCCAGGAAGUGACGCAGGACCUGCACUACGAGAACUUCCGCUCUGAGCGCCUUAAACGGGGUGGCAGGUUGUCCUCCCAUGGUUACGUUCUGCCUUUGUCGCCUGUGAAGGUGGCAGAACCAGAGGAAAUGGACAAAGACAUGAUCCUGCAGGAGAAGGAGGCUGAGCUGAGACGUAUGCAGGAGAUGAUUGCUAAGAUGCAGGCCCAAAUGCAGAAGCAGGGUGAUGGAGAGGGCGAUGGCCCACAUAUGUGAAGGAGCCGGUGCAGAACUGUUUGUGGCAUAGCCAGUGAGACGUGACUGAGAAGGGGAAAAAGUUUAGCUGAGCAAACGAGAGGGCUGGCUUAUGUCUCGGUUUUUCUUGCCACUUUCUUAGUUUCUUCUACUCUUACUUGGGAUAGUGGUUUUAUUUCUUUUUUUGUAAACAGUAUUAUUUUUAUUUUUAAUAUUUUCAUUUGUACCAAUAUAAUGAACUAUGCCUAUAACCAAAUUGAAGUAUACCAACCAGAACCAAGGUUUUGUUGUUUUGUUUUGUUUUUCCCCCCCUUGUCAUUAUCAGUCUAUUGUAUGUAACAGCAUUUUAUAGAUUUUUUUUAUACCUGUUAAGAAGGCUAUUUGCUGCUGAUGCUCAGUGAGAGCCCACUGCUGUAGUCUCUUUAGUGAUUGUUUAGCUUGCAGAACUAGCAUCCCAUUUGAUGCUGCCAGUAGCAUUAUUGGUCAAAUCAUUCCUUAAACCUUCUACGGUGGCUCCUCUGCCCCAAACGUCCUUUUUAAUCACACAAAGGAAAAAGUAGCUGCAAGAAAUAUAAAAACUCAAUGUGAAAAGAUCGCAGCAGCACAGGAUUUGAAACAUUAUGGUGGCAAUUCCUGGGAAUUGUAGGCCUCAUUUGAGGGUGCGAUCGAGGGGUCAAAUUUGCUGAACUGUUUAAUUUGCUUCAAAUGAUGUGAUUAGCCAAAUGUGUAAAUUGAACAAUGCUAAUAUAAUAUAUACUACAACUAAAUGAGCCAAAUUGGCCUUGGCCGAUCAACUACAUUUGAAAUGAAUGGAACAUUUGUGUAAAAUUGAUUUUAUUUUCAAACCAUUGCUUUAGUUUGAUUUGUAUGUGGUAAUGGAGAAUCCCACAUUUUAAACUGGGCUCUCUCCAGAACAAUCAUCCCCUUGUAGCAUGCGCAAGUGUUGAAGUGGGCCACAGCUGGUUGAGAAUAUAAAACCAUAUACUGUGACCAAUCACAGGGCUUGUUCUGGUGACUGUACAGCCCAGUGAUUCCAGUGCUGACAUGCUUGAUUCAGCUCCUGAAAUACUUGGUAACUGCCAUGGCAGGUGAGCUAGAGCAGAGAAGUACACCAUGAACACUGGGGGCCCCCUAGGCCUGCAGGUAAGCCAUCUAUGCUAUGAAGGUGUUCACCAUGGUUACUGAAUUAUGUGCCUCUGUGGAUGCUGCCCAUGGAAAUCAGAAACAGCUAGGAUAUGAAGUUGACUCGUACUGUGAUGCACCUAGGAAUGCAGUGAAGUAGUGAACCACUUGUAUAUGGACAGGAUGCAUGCCCCAUAUUUCCUCCCCUGGCCUUUUAUUAAUAUUAAUGUGUACAUGUUAUGAUAUUGAUUUGUGUGUGUUUUCUUCACCCAUUCUGUAAGCCCUCACUCAAAAAAAAAACAAAAAAACAACCACGGCGCCUGGAUGUGAUCAGGUCGCGGAGCGUGGUGGGUCAGGCGGACUGAACACAGUAGCGCUCCUGUUCAGGUCAAAUGUCUUUGACCGUUUGAAACUUUGUGCACAGUUGAUCUUCAAAACUAAACCUUGUAGUGGUUAACAUUUUUUCUAUUAAACUUGUUUGCUAUUAUCUUGUAUUGUAAUAAACAGUUUUUAAAAAGCUUA